AUGGCCGUCAACAAGAAGAAGGACAUUCUCAACUGGGUCGAUCCCAAGGAUAAGUCUGGCGAGUUCAAGAGACAGCAGUCUGUCUUCCGUGACUUCAUCAAGAACGAGUCUGGUGCCGAGUUCCCUGCCGAGAAAGGCAGAUAUCACCUCUAUGUGUCCUACGCAUGUCCUUGGGCCCACCGUGCUUUGAUCGUCCGUAAGCUCAAGGGUCUCGAGGACAUAAUCUCCUAUACCUCAGUUCACUGGGAGAUGCUUGAGAAGGGUUGGCGAUUCGCAACGCCUAAUGAGAACAUUCCUGGAGAGAACACUACACCGGAUCCUCUUCACGAAGGCUACACCCAUCUCCGCGACAUCUACUUUGAGAACAACAAGGACUACGAAGGUCGCUUCACCGUGCCUACUCUCUACGACAAGAAGCAGAAGCGCAUUGUCAACAACGAGAGCAGUGAGAUCAUCAGAAUGAUGUACCACGUCUUUGACGACCUGCUACCUGAGAAGUUCAAGAACAUCGAUCUUUUGCCUUCUGGCCUCGAGAAGCAAAUCGAAGAGACAAACGAGUGGACUUACAAUGACAUCAACAACGGUGUCUACAGGUCUGGUUUCGCAACUACUCAAGAGGCUUACGAGAAGAACGUGAAGACUCUUUUCAAGUCCCUUGACCGUGCCGAGGAGGAUCUUGCCAAAUCUGGCGGCCCCUUCUACUUGGGUGACAAGUUAACCGAGCUCGAUGUCCGCCUCUACACAACCAUCAUCCGAUUUGAUGCUGUUUACGUCCAGCACUUCAAGUGCAACAUUCGCGACAUCCGCAGCGGCUACCCGCAUUUGCACAAGUGGAUGCGCAACCUGUACUGGAACAACGAUGCUUUCAAAGAUACGACCGAAUUCACUCACAUCAAGUCGCACUACACCAAGAGUCACAAGCAGAUCAACCCAUUCUCGAUCACUCCUGUCGGCCCGAUCCCUGAUAUCCUCCCUCUCGAUCAAGAUGUACCUGCUGCUACCGCCGCCAUUCGUACAACGAACCAGUAG